GGCUCUUUCCGUCACUCUCUUUCCGACUCUCCCGUUGUACCCAUCUCUCCCCCUUCUCCCUCUUUGCCGAAGGCGCUCGGCUCUCUCCGUCGCUUUCCGACCUCCCCUCCCGCCCAACCGCUUGCCUGCCUGUGCCUGGAAUCUCAGCCGUGAGGGGGGAAAGAGAGAGACUGGUGAGCAGGCAAGGAGGGCGCCUCCGCCGCCGCCGCGGGGGCUGGAAGAUGGCGGUUGGGGCGGGGGAGAGGCGACUGCCGCCGGUGCUGCUGCUGUUGCCGCCGCCUCAGGAGCUGAAGCGGGACCACGACGACGACGACGACGGGCAGCGCCCGGGCUCCUGGCGCAAGCGGCGCUGAGGCGGCGGGGACUGAGCGCGCCUUCUCCUCUCCCUUGGUCUUUCUGCAUGGACCCCGGCGCCGGGCUUGUGAGGGAGGCCCCGCGGCGCCCUGCCCUGCCCUGAGAGGGAGAAAGGAAGGGGAAAGCAGCGCCGCCUCAAGACUCAGCCUGCCAAGCCGGGGAAGAUGUCGGACACCAAGGUGAAAGUGGCAGUCCGGGUCCGGCCCAUGAACAGGAGAGAACUGGAGCUGAAUACCAAGUGCAUUGUUGAGAUGGAAGGGAAUCAGACUGUGUUGCAUCCUCCACCUUCAAACAACAAACAAGGAGAAAACAGGAAACAACCAAAAGUGUUUGCCUUCGAUUACUGCUUUUGGUCAAUGGAUGAAUCAAACACUGCAAAAUAUGCAGGUCAACAAGUAGUGUUCAAGUGCCUUGGAGAAGGAAUUCUAGAGAAGGCCUUUCAGGGAUAUAAUGCUUGCAUUUUUGCCUAUGGACAAACAGGCUCAGGAAAAUCCUUCUCAAUGAUGGGCAAUGCAGAGCAGCUGGGUCUGAUCCCUCGCCUCUGCUGUGCUUUAUUUCAGAGAAUAACAUCAGAAGAAAAUGAUUCACACACCUUCAAAGUUGAAGUGUCCUAUAUGGAAAUCUAUAAUGAGAAAGUCAGGGAUCUCCUAGACCCUAAAGGAAGUCGCCAGUCACUCAAAGUUCGUGAGCACAAGGUUUUGGGUCCAUAUGUAGAUGGUUUGUCUCAGCUAGCUGUUACUAGCUUUGAGGAUAUUGAGUCAUUGAUGUCAGAAGGAAACAAGUCCCGAACAGUUGCAGCAACCAACAUGAAUGAGGAAAGCAGCCGCUCCCAUGCUGUAUUUAAUAUUAUAAUUACUCAGACACUUUAUGAUCUUCAGUCUGGUAACUCUGGAGAGAAAGUGAGCAAAGUCAGCCUGGUAGAUUUGGCUGGUAGUGAAAGAGUAUCUAAAACAGGAGCAGCAGGAGAACGUCUGAAGGAAGGCAGCAAUAUAAACAAGUCACUCUCAACACUAGGUUUGGUUAUCUCAUCACUUGCAGACCAAGCAGCAGGAAAGGGGAAAAACAAAUUUGUGCCUUAUAGAGAUUCUGUGCUCACCUGGCUUCUCAAGGACAACUUGGGAGGAAAUAGCCAAACAGCUAUGAUAGCUACAAUCAGUCCGGCAGCUGAUAAUUAUGAAGAAACACUCUCUACACUGAGAUAUGCUGACAGAGCUAAAAGAAUAGUUAAUCAUGCUAUAGUAAAUGAAGAUCCAAAUGCCAGGGUCAUCAGAGAAUUACGUGAAGAAGUAGAGAAGCUAAAAGAACAGCUUUCUCAGGCAGAGGCAAUGAAAGCACCAGAAUUGAAGGAAAAAUUGGAGGAAUCUGAAAAACUUAUAAAAGAAUUGACCGUCACCUGGGAAGAGAAGUUAAGAAAAACAGAAGAAAUUGCACAGGAGAGACAAAAACAGCUAGAGAGUAUGGGUAUUUCCCUGGAAUCUUCUGGUAUCAAGGUUGGGGAAGAUAAGUGCUAUCUGGUGAAUCUAAAUGCAGAUCCUGCACUCAAUGAAUUAUUGGUUUAUUACUUAAAGGACCACAGUAGGGUUGGUGCUGACACCUCACAGGACAUACAGCUGUUUGGGAUUGGGAUCCAGCCAGAGCACUGUGAAAUAGACAUUGCUCCAGAUGGAGAAGUUACUCUCUCGCCAAAAGAAAAUGCAAGAUCCUGUGUAAAUGGCACAUUGGUAUAUUCCAUAACACAACUUUGGCAUGGAGAUAGAAUCUUAUGGGGAAACAACCACUUUUUUAGAAUUAAUCUACCUAAGAGAAAGAGGCGGGAUUGGUUGAAAGAUUCUGAAAAAGAAAUGCUGUUAGCAGAACAUGAUUUCGAUGCGGCUAGUGAAGCUUCUUCAGAACCAGACUACAACUACGAAUUUGCACAGAUGGAAGUUAUAAUGAAGACACUAAAUAGUAAUGAUCCAGUACAAAAUGUGGUCCAGGUCUUGGAGAAACAGUACUUGGAAGAGAAGCGUAGUGCUUUAGAAGAGCAGAGGAUUAUGUAUGAGCGCGAACUAGAACAACUUCGCCAGCAACUCUCUCCAGAAAGGCGAUAUCAGCAUUGCAGUGACAGACUGUCAGAUGCUGUCCAGACUACUCAGCAGAAAGUGAAUCUCUGGUCAGAAGAGAGGGAUGAGUUAUUUCGCCAGAGUCUUGCAAAACUAAGAGAACAAAUAGUUAAAGCUAAUACCCUAGUAAGGGAAGCAAACUUCUUGGCUGAAGAAAUGAGCAAGCUAACCGAUUAUCAAGUUACACUGCAGAUCCCUGCUGCUAAUCUGAGUGCCAAUAGGAAGAGAGGUGCAAUAGUAAGUGAGCCUGCUAUUCAAGCAAGAAGAAAAGGGAAAGGUACUCAAGUGUGGACCAUUGAAAAACUAGAGAAUAAAUUAAUUGACAUGAGAGAUCUCUAUCAAGAAUGGAAAGAGAAUGCCCAUGAGAUGAAGAGACUCACUGGAAAAAGAGGUGAUCCUUUCUAUGAAGCACAAGAAAAUCACAACUUAAUUGGUGUAGCAAAUGUAUUUUUGGAGUGCCUUUUCUGUGAUGUUAAACUUCAGUAUGCCGUGCCAAUUAUUAGCCAGCAGGGAGAGGUUGCAGGGCGCCUGCAUGUUGAAGUGAUGCGUGUUACUGGUGCUGUCCCAGAACGAGUCAUGGAGGGAGAUGACUCUUCUGAAAACUCCAGUGAAAGUGGAAGCUUAGAAAUCAUGGACAACAAUGGAGAAAUUAUUCACAGGCCGAAAAAACUCACUUGCAGGGUGAUAAUUAAAGAAGCAACAGGACUACCACUAAAUCUCUCAAACUUUGUGUUCUGUCAAUAUACCUUCUGGGAUCAAUGUGAGUCAACUGUUGCUGCACCAGUUGUUGAUCCUGAUGUGCCUUCACCUGUAAGCAAGGAUGCCCACUUUACAGUGACUUUUUCCCAUUGCAAGGAUUAUGUGGUGAAUGUAACAGAAGAAUUUCUGGAGUUCAUUGCUGAAGGAGCACUUGCCAUUGAGGUUUGGGGUCACAGAUGUGCUGGAAAUGGCAGUUCAAUAUGGGAGGUGGAUACUCUUCAUGCAAAAACCAGAACUUUGAGAGACAGAUGGAAUGAAGUAACACGCCGGAUAGAAAUGUGGGUUUCAAUUCAAGAACUGAAUGAAAUGGGGGAUUAUAUGGCUGUGGAGCUUCAUCAUGCAAAGGAUGUAAACACAGGAGGAGUUUUCCAACUUAGACAGGGCCAUUCUCGUAGAGUUCAAGUGGCGGUUAAACCUGUGCAACAUUCAGGAACAUUGCCACUUAUGGUGGAAGCCAUUCUGUCUGUCUCCAUUGGCUGUGUAACUGCCAGGUCAACCAAGCUGCAACGGGGCUUGGACAGUUACCAGAAAGGAGGAGGAGAUGAUGAUGAUGGUGAUAUGGAUAGUUAUCAGGAAGAAGACUUAAACUGUUUGAGAGAGCGGUGGUCUGAAGCACUAAUAAAACGGAGAGAAUACUUAGACGAGCAGAUUAAAAAAAUCAGCAGCAAACAAGAAAAAACAGAUGAUGACAUGGAACGAGAAGCAAGGCUUGUGGAGCAAUGGGUGGGAUUAACAGAAGAAAGGAAUGCUGUCCUGGUUCCAGCCCCAAAUAGUGGGAUCCCAGGUGCCCCUGCAGACUGGAUCCCACCAUCUGGAAUGGAAACACAUGUCCCUGUACUUUUCCUUGAUUUGAAUGCUGAUGACCUUAGUGCCAAUGAACAUCUUACAGGUCCAAACGCAUCAGGUGUUAAUUCAAUACUACCAAAGGAGCAUGGGAGUCAGUUCUUUUAUCUACCAAUCAUAAAACACAGUAAAGAUGAGGUUUCCGCCACUGCUGCCUGGGACUCUUCUGUGCAUGAUUCAGUGCACUUGAAUAGGAUAACACCUCAAAAUGAGAGAAUCUACUUGAUUGUUAAAAUUACAGUCCAGCUCAGCCAUCCAGCUGCAAUGGAACUGAUGUUGCGUAAAAGAAUUGCUGCUAAUAUUUACAACAAACAGAGUUUCACCCAGAGCCUCAAAAGAAGAAUAUCCAUGAAAAAUGUCUGGUAUGCCUGUGGUGUCGCCUAUGAAAUCGUGUCAAAUAUACCAAAGGCCACAGAAGAAAUUGAGGAUCGAGAGACUCUGGCUCUAAUGGCAGCUAAAAGUGAAAAUGAGGGUGCCUCUGAUGGAGAAACUUAUAUUGAGAAGUAUACACGUGGAGUGUUGCAGCUGGAAAAUAUUUUGAGUCUUGAACGAUUAAGACAGGCCGUUACCAUAAAAGAAGCUCUUUCUACAAAGACCCGACACAUACAGAGGAGUAUUAGCACACCAAAUGUUCACAAUGUUUCUUCUAGUCGAUUAGAUCUUUCUGGCUUUGAUGAACAUAAGGGCUGGUCAGAAAGUCAUCUAGAUGUAUUAGAAUGUUCAAGUUAUCAAGAUGUAUCAUGUUAUGGGACUUUACCCCGGGAAUCACCUCGAAGAAGUAAAGAUUCUGGUGGUUAUGUGUCGGAGAAUCCACAUGCAUCAACUGUCAGCCCAUUUAAAGCAUUCUCUCCACAGCCACCCAAAUUUUUCAAACCCUUAAUGCCAGUAAAAGAAGAAAACAAAAAGACCUCUCUUGAAACUCGGCCUCUGCUUAGCAAAGAGAGCAUGCCAUCAUCUCAGGUACAUAGCACUGGUUGUGUCUUGCCCUCAGGAAAUAAUACCAGUAGCAUGCCAGUAGAACCCAAUAGCAUACAUGAGAAGAAGAUUCAGGACUCUGAAGAAGAUGAUGAAUUGGAGGCCCUUAACAAGAAACCUUAUGUGCCCGAAGAGUUUGCUGACUUCAGUGUUUACAAUGCCAGCCUGGAAAACAGGGAAUGGUUGUCCUCGAAAGGAGACUUUGUAAACUCUCGCGUUCUUGACAAAGAAGUAUCUCGUAGCCCCACCACAAGCAGUAUUACUAGCGGCUACUUUUCCCACAGUGCCUCUAAUGCGACUUUAUCUGAUAUGCUUGUUCCUUGUAGUGACAGCACAGAUCAAUUAGCUAAUCAGGUAAGGGAUCUGGACUUGAGUGACCACUCUGUAGCCCACCUCACCUGUGACUUGAAAGCCUCAAACAAGGAAACUUCAGAGCCAGAAAAGGACUUGGCUAAACAUACAAGAUCCAAGUCACCAGUCAAAGGAAAUGGUGCCUUAGCAAUAGAGAUUCCAAUAUCUGAAAGUGCUGAUACAGAUGCUGCAAAGUUACAUUCUUCAUCUUUGGGGAUGUCGGCUAGUAAAAACAGACCACAAGGGAUUGAAUUUCCAUCUCGAGAAACAACCAUAGAGCGAACUUCAACUGUUUUUGAAGAUCAUGCAUUUACGGAAUUCAUGGGCGUUGAUGAUGGAAAGGAACUUGAAUAUUCAGUACAUCAACCAUUCACUUCCAGUGGUAGUUCUAGCAGAAGAACAAAACUGUCAGCUGUUGGAGUGAACAAUGCAUCUCCCAAAAAUGCUCACAACCAGGACAACCCUGUGAGCCAUUGGGAAUGUCUACCAGUGGGACACCAGCUGUCAAACAGUACUGAGGAACAUUUAUUGGCAGUCAGAGUAAAAGAAGCUUCCUUUUGCCAGAGCUAUGCAGAUUCUUUAAUAGCAGAAGAUUUCACUAGAAAAAGGAUUUCUGGUGCCUCUGAUGAAGAUGUUACAUCUGAAGAGCACCUUGAUUGGCUGGCAGUGGGGGAACAUGUGUGCAUUGGUAGUAAUAAGAUUGGUAUAGUAAGAUACAUUGGACCCGUGGAUUUUUCAACCAAUACCUGGGUUGGCGUUGAGCUACAUUUCCCAGUGGGGAAGCACGAUGGAACUGUCAAAGGUAGAGAGUACUUCCGCUGCAAACCGCAGCACGGGGUGUUUGUUCGUCCCGAAUGCCUCACAAAAGCACCAGCCCCAACCAAGACACGCAGCAGCACUUCACAAUCUCAGGUAUCACCAGACAUGGAGAAGUGGAAGAGUUCAGUCCUGCAACCGCCAUCCUCUUUCAAAGCUGGGACAGAAAGCUUCUGUCAUUCUGGAGAUGCUGCAGCUUCUGCUUUUUCUAGAAAACAGGAGAUCAGGAAAUCUUGGAUUAACUGAAGCUGCCAUUUUGUUCUUGUUUUUGCACUUGCUGCACACAUCACUGUGUGGGAAACUUUUUUUCAAAUAAAUUGUAUAGUUUUAAUCUAUUGUUACUGAAUGUUUGAAUUAUGGCUACAGUUCCCUAGUUCUUUUAAAAUAAUAAUAAUAUAUAUAGGGACUGUGUUAUCACUUGCCUGCCUACAGGCAAACAUGUCUGCACACUAAAUUGCAGUUAAGGUGCAAUUCUAUACUCACCUGGGAGUAAGCCCCUUUGAACCUGGUGGAAUUUAUGGCUGAGUCACUAUGUAUAAGAGUGUAUUCUUUGUAAAUAGAACUGUGAGGUACUCCACAAAUUAGACCUGACUUAAAAUAAUGUAUUUUACAGUGUGGGAAGUCAAUGGGAUGUACAUAUGUACCUGAGGGAAAACCUACCAUAUGCUGUUAAUUACCAAAGAACUUAAGUUAGGCUGAUAUAUUUGCUGUUUAUAUCCCGGUUUUUAUUGUAUAUGUUUGUUUUAAAUGAUAGUGUGGUGCCAUUUUUCUAGAGAUUAACACCGGGCACAAUGCUGCCUUAUAUCCUGUUUAAUAAGCACACUGAAGAGAGACAGCUUUCAUUAUUAUUAUUUUGUAUUGUCUUCCUGUGGGCCUGCUACUGUGCUGACUUGACAUUUAUGGACAAUAUUAACAAUGCCGGCAGCUUGUACGUCUGGCAUGGUUCAUGUGCCAACCCAAGCCAGUCAGGCAAUCUUGAUGCAGAAGCAGUAUUAACCGCAGAGGAAGAGAUGGAUGGACAACAUUUUCAACAAAUGGCUUCUCUUUUGGCAACUGGGACCGGAAACAAAGCAGUAGCACCUCCUCCUCCCAAUGAAGGUGCAUUGUUUUGUUACUGGCAGUGACCAAGCUCUGAUAAAGUGGUCUGAAGUGAUGUGAUCUGUAGAUUUCACUUUUAACCAUGGAUUUGUAUUAUGCUUUUUUGUUUUUGGGGAGCUAUUCCAUGUAUAGAUACUGUGCAGGAUGUUUGGAAAAUAGCAAAUGACAAAACAGAAAGGUGUGAAUGGCCUGCUGUAUUCUUUAUUUUUAGAAAGUAUGAGAUGAUGGGACCUUAAAGCAAGCUGCUGCUCUUCUCUGAUUUAUAUGUAUAGUAAGCUAACUCCUAGUAUUUUACAAUUAUUGUAAAGAACUGUAAUUUAUAUUCUUUUUCUGCUACACUGUAUUUAAUUGGUACAGAAUAUUUGCGUGUUAGAAUACAGAUGAUUUACUAUUUUAUAAAUGUUUGUGCCUAUUUGACUUAAUACUCUGUAACAUAAAACUUUUAUGAGAUAUCA